AUGUCGGACGUUCGAACAGAGGCUCUUCAACUCGCACUACAGUUGCGGACGUUUCGUACCUUGCGGUACAUAGACGAAGUCGUAAAAACCCCCACUUACCACAACUGGCGACAGAACAACCAGACUUCCAUAACAGGCAAUUCUGACGACGAGCCAACUCGCCCAUUAGGACGACCCCGCUCUCAGUCGACGCGUCAGUCUCGUGACACGACACAGGAACCUACAACCUCAUUUCCGGAACCUCCAUCGGCUCCAAUAGCACGACACACCAGGCGUAUUGCAUCAGUCACACCAAUACCACCACCCUCAUUUAUCAACUACAGGACGCCACCGUCAGACGACGACAGGGAAUCUCUUAGUCCAGUGCCAUCAGAACCUCCGUCUGUAGGAUACAGGCCUUCACAACCCACUAUGGCUACUUCGGAUACCACGGCGUCACAGCCAGUCACAACUGAUCAAAUCAAGCUCAUUCAGAACACGAUGACACAAAUUAUGGAACAAACCUCACUCGUAACACGAUAUCCCACCUCCAGUACCGAUAUCGACGAAGAACUGGGUUAUUUCUACCCACACAUGAAAGAUAAUGCAGACAGACCAGUUGUCCAAGUUAAUCAACACACAUACUACCGGAGCGUUUACGUCUUCGUUAAUAGACUGAAGGAUAUGGUCAUAACGAAAGGUGAAAACCUGGUGCGGUCCAACGUACAGGCGAGCCUAAGAGGACAGGCCCUCGAGUGGUACACAGUUGAAUUGACGAACAUAGAAAAGCGGGCGAUGACAGCUUUCACUAUAGAAGCUGGAUGGGUCGACGCUUUGGUUAAGCGGUUUAAACCAAGGGCAGCAGAGGCGUUAGCUGCCAUGACUAAACUGACCUUUACAAUGGGAGAUAUCCAUAAAGGACACGACGUCAGAACAUAUGCACAUACAAUGUUUAGACACGCACAAGCUGCAAAUAUCAAAUCUACGUAUAACCAAUUAACUCAGUCCUGGAAUGGUUUGUCACCAGAUCUCCGACGUGACAUACCCGAACCGACGCCAUUGACUACCAGGGCUGAAUUUUUGAACUUCGUUGAAGCGAAGUCUGGCAUCUGGAGGGAUAUUGCGCAAUACCGUUCAAACAUCAGUUCGACCCGGCGUCAGAUGCGUAUCACCAUCGCAAUCAGGAUACGAAUCAGACCAAACCCUCUAGUGACGCAGACAAGACUUAAUAUCAACCGGGCAAGUCAGGAGGUCAGCUUUUGGCAAGAGGACGACUACCAGGAGCCACAGGAUUAUGAAGAAGGAUGGCCAGAAGACCAGGAUCAAAAUCUUACAGACCCGGCAUACGACUAUGAUAGUUUUGAACAGUCUACAUACAACGCGACGACCGCCUGCUCAGUCCUUUAUAACGACUUAAUCGCGACAUGUAAGAUAUAUAAGCAAGGUUUCACUAGUGCCAACAAGCUGCACGGACAUAUUAAAGAAGCCAACUAUAUAACAACGAAAGACGCAACGACGCUCUUGGCGGAAGCUUUGUUGGCGUCACUAAGUAAAGACGUAGUUCCGGUCAUCACGUCAACAUUCGCCGAAGCCAACCCAGUCAAAGUUAACGGUAUAGGCCAGAACACCACGGUCGGCUACGUGAAAUUUCACCUUAGUAUACUAGGUACCCUGCCCGAUGGACCAGCCCAAGGACCAGCUAUCGCCCAGAUGACCGUUGAAGCAUAUAUUAUCCCACAACUAAAAGCCUAA